AUGCACUAUAAUUCAAAGCAUUUAGAGAUACAAACUCCGGAUUCAUUGUUACAAUGGCGUAAGGUUCCUUUGGCCGCUUCAUUCCUGACUGCUACUUAUAUUGUUCUAACCAUCACAUUGCUCUUUGUGAGGCGAUCGCAGUACUCUCAAUUGAUUGACGAAGGCUCUGAUGUUAGUUUUGACUCAGUUUAUUCUCCAGCUUUGCAAAUGGUCCCAAAUCAAAUUCUCAAGCACCCUUAUUCUAUCAUACUCUCCAAUCUAGUGGAUGUGAGAAUUUGGAAGAUAAUUGCAAAUAGUAUAAACUUACUGAUUGGUGGUACCUUCAUAGAACGCAAUGCAGAAAGUUCUAAGGAGCUGCUCAAGUUUAUUCUAGUAAUUGGUUCAAUUACGAAUUUACUUGUGGUCAUUGUUACACUCUCGUCCUCAUUAGUGGUUCCAGGAGUGAAAAUCGACGUCCCCAUUGAUGGUAAUUAUACGGCAUUGGUCGGUUUCCCAAUUGUCUACAAGCAAUUAUUCCCAGAGACUAGCAUUUUCAAAAUUAAGGACCUCGGGAUGCUCUCAAAGAAUUUCAGGUUCAAACUAUUACCUAUCUUUGUCAUGUGCACGUUGACAAUCGGUCAAUUAGUCUUUUUCCAUCAUUUUGCUCAACUAUUGUCGAUCUGGAUUACAUUUUUCUCGUGUUGGAUCUAUUUACGGUAUUUCCAAGUACUCACGUCUACGCAAAAUUCCAGUUACAUGGUCGGUGAUGCGUCUGAUACAUUUCAACUCAUUUAUUUCUUCCCGGACCUUGUAAAGCCAAUACUGAGACCCAUAUUCGACUCUACACACAGGGUGUUCAUAAAGUUGAAGUUAAUACGACCCUUUCAAACUGAUGAAGUCGAUAGAAGUAACGCUGUCGCUGAGCAAAGAGGUGCAAAGAAAAUUUCCGACCCAGUGGAGGAAAGACGAAAACAACUGGCUUUGCAGGUGUUACAGGAGAGAAUGGUUUAA